AAGUCAUAAACAAAACCCUAACACGUGUCUAUCAUAGAAACAGUCCCUAGAUUUCCACUAUAAACAUCUCUCCUCUCCUUCCUCCAACCCACUUCCUACCUCCUUUCCUUCACUUUCUCUCUCCUCUCCUAAAUAAACCUCUUCAUCUUCUCCCUCUUCCUAAUCAACAACGAUUCAAUUCCUCCCUUUUAAUAGUAAACAUAAUAAUUAUCAAACACCAUUAUUACUAUUACCAUCAUUAACAAACAAUGGUGAUCAGUAGCAGUAACAACAACAAUAAUGAAGUAAUAUUGAGUGAUGAUGAAAUUGAUGUGGCUAAUGUUUUACUGGACUUACCGUAUCUGAUUACAAACACACUUUCCAGUUAUCGAUUAUCGUAUGAUUGGGGGUCAAAGAAGAGGAGAUCUGCGCUUGUUUUCCCUCCGUCGUAUUCGCCGCCGCGUUGUCGAAGAAAAGUGUCUGCUCAACUACCACCGCCGCCGCCACCGGUUAAGGCUGAAGCUUGUAGUCCUAACACUCCUUUGUCUUUCUCUCCUAGUGAGUCUGAUUCCAAGUCUGUUAUUGAUCUCGAUUUUAAGAAGAAAAAGCAACCUCCCUUGAAUUUGAGAAAGAAGGAAUUGGAAGAUAGCCUUAAGGAAAAAAUGGUUACACAGCAGCAUCUUAAAGAGUCAGUCGACAAGGUGAGGGAAUAUCGUAACUCGCUAAUGGUUGAAAAUUCAAUCUUGAAGGCUAGAAAGCACGAGCUACUAAUGCCAGCAUGUACAACAACAACUCGAAUGGAACAGCAACAACACCAACAAAUAACAACUACAGUAGUCAAUGAUCGAGUACAUGCGAUUCCAUCUACAUCCAGUGAGUACCACCAUCAAACACCGUUGAUUCCGUCUUACGAUCAGCGAUCACCGUUGAUUUCUACUUUUUUUCAAUCAAACGGUGGUGGUAAUAAUUGGGUACAUGCGAGUCCACUCCAUCAUCAACUAAACAGUGGUAAUAAUUGGGGUCUACAGUUCCAGCAAUAUCAUAAUCAAUCUCAACCGUUGAUUCUCAAUCAUCAUGGAAUGGUAAAUGACCCAGUGUAUGCGGUUGCAGCGAGUGGUGCAAUGCAGAUGCACUGCCCAGCACCGUUGAUUCCUCGUCAUCAGAAUCAACGGUUGUUACCUGAUCUUAAUAUGGAGUACAAAGAUCAGGAUCAGGUUUGCAGAGAACGGAGAGCGGCUAGACUUCAGGCUAAUAAGGAGAAAAGGCCACGUGUCAAUCCGGCAGUUAAGUAAUUUUAUGAAAAAAAAGAGAAGAUAAUAUAUUUUUUGUAUUAUUUGAUAAAUACUAAUGAUGAGGAUUAGAAAGGGGUAAAAGUGUAAAUUUGGAGAGAUUGUAAGGGUUAAAAUUAGAAUAAGAUGAUUAACUUGAGCUGAAGAUAUUUUGGAAUUUUUUUUUUAUUGGGUGUUUAGAGAGCUACGAAGGCGGAAGUUGAAGAAGGGAUUGUAGUUUCCUGUUGCUCAAACUGACACGUUUGUUAAUUAAAAUGUUAAGUUGUGAGAUCUAGUGGCUGUUAACUUGGUCCUACUUUUAAGUUGGUACUACUAACCUACUAUCCACUUCAACACUUCACAAUUUUACAUACUAUACAUUUUAAUAUUUCACAUACUUUGCUCUGUUUUUUUAAA